AUGCAGUUGACGCUACGCUUCGGCAUCGGCACGAACACCGAUAGUCUACGAAUGCAUAAGAACUUUAUCGUAACCGCGUAAAUCACGUUAUGACCUGAUUCUGAAAAUGACUUUCGACGGCUUCAACACCCUCCCGACCAAUGCCGCAGAAGCAAUAACGCCAUGGAAAGUCAGCAUCCCGCAACAAGACCUCGACAGGCUAGCUACACUGCUGCAGGUCUCCGAGCUAGCUCCUCCCACGUUCGAAAAUUCCCUACCAGGGCAUGAUAGGCGGCUAGGCAUACGACGGGACUGGCUGUCAGCCGCGAAGCAUCACUGGGAGACCGAAUUCGACUGGAGAAAACAUGAGGAGCACAUCAACUCUCUCCCCCAAUUCAAGGCUACCAUCCGUGACAGCCUCGGCCGUUUCGACAUCCACUUCGUCGCUCUGUUCUCGAAGCGUGAGAACGCCAUUCCCAUCAUGUUCCUGCACGGCUGGCCGGGCAGUUUCCUUGAAUUCCUGCCCAUACUAGAAUCAUUACGCUCGCAAUAUACCGCCGAAACGCUACCUUACCACCUUAUAGUUCCAAGUCUGCCAGGAUACACAUUUUCUUCCCCACCGCCUCUGGACCACGACUUCCGCGCCGACGAUGCCGCACGGAUCUUCGACAGCCUCAUGUCGCUUCUUGGUUUCAAGUCUUACAUGGUUCAGGGGGGAGAUGUAGGUGGCCGCGUUGGCCGAAUCAUCGCAUCGAAUUACCCUAACUGCAAAGCCAUCCAUCUGAAUACCUGCCCGAUGCCGGAACCUGAGCAUCAAGAAAUCAGAAGCCCAAUCGACGCCGCCGAACAGCAAGCUCUCGACAGGCACAAUUUCUUCCUGCACAACGGCACCGGCUACGCACAAGAGCACGCCACACGCCCGAGCACUAUCGGCUUUGUGCUAUCCAGCAAUCCGCUCGCCCUCCUGUCCUGGAUAGGCGAGAAGUUCAUGGACUGGACAGACGAUGAUCCUCCACUGGAUGUGAUCCUAGAGUCGGUCACAUUGUACUGGGUCACCCGCUGCGCAUCGACCAGUUUAUGGUCAUAUCGCCAAUUCUAUGGGCCCAAUGCAGACAGCCAUGGCUCGAAGAAGUGGUAUCUUGACAUACCAUUUGGCUUUUCAUGGUUUCCAAGAGAGAUCAAUCCGCUUCCGAGACCGUGGAUUGAGACAACAGGAAACCUGGUAUUCUUCCGGAGGCAUGAGAAGGGUGGACACUUCGCCGCGAUGGAGAGGCCGCGGGAGCUGUGGGCUGAUGUUGAGGAGUACCUGCAGUGUGUCAAGGGCGCGUUUGAUACGCAAUGAACUGGAAGAAAAUGAAGAUCGCUGCGUUGACCGGUCAUCAAAAACCGCGUGACUGAAUGCGAUGUCUCCGCAGUGAGGAUACUUCAGAUACUUCUCAUCAUGACCUAACAACUGGUGGUUGGUUCACUCUCAAUUUUCCAAGUUCCAUGCCUGAAAUGAAUCGUCUCCCAGCACGUAAGUCAUACAGAGCAGUGUCAUUCCUUCCGAACAGCGCCCUGACCAUGUCCACACCCCACAUUGCACGGCUCCCCAAUUCCAAUAUCACAGUGAUCACCCC